CUGCUCGUCGCCUCUUCUCAAGCCGAGACUUCUAAGGGGCCGUCGUCCUCUAAAAUUCAAAUUGGAAUCGGAAAUCCGACGACCUCCCAUGAACCGGAUACAGCGAACCGAGGCCCACAUAUUACUGAGUCACCGCUGGUUCUCGGGGCAGCUUGUCUCAGCUUUGGGCAACUUCCUUCAAUGCCGAAAGUCUCGAUGGAGAAGACGACCAUCGCCGCCUCACCUGCAGCUUUGACCGGUCAAGACAACCUUCCCUCAGCUCCGUAUUUAUGCAAUGGCCAAAUGUCACAAGUGGAAGACCUAAAUGGCCACGUGACAUACCCUGACCAAAGCAAAACCAUUUUGGCCCAAGUAUCCUUGCCUGGGCCCAACCUGAUUUUAACCCAGCCCACAAAAAACCAGAUAUCCAAACCACACCACAUAGCAAGUGAGUUAGUCUCGCAAGACGAUCCGGCCGAUCUGAGUACACCACCGUCAGAUCCGUCGUCGAUUCCCCUGCCUUUACAUAUUCACCGGAUUUUUCGCCCAAUCCGUCGUGUCCACUUGGACUGCCGCCGGAUCCGCCCAGUUGACCACAUCUCCCCACGUGGACGGCAGAUCAAGCUCGGAAAGGUCAAUAGCAUCGUCACCAUCUCCGAUAUUGCAGCAGUCGGACCCGAACCUAUCCAUCACCAACCUCGGUUCCUCACUUCGCAAGCCAAAUCCCAGCUGAGGCCUGACUUCGCGAUCGGCGGACCUUCAAAUCGCUGCCAGGGCCCGACCUCCAAUCCACAGCUUGGGCCUCCAUACAGCAGCUCGGGCCGACACCCCAACCUCAGUAGCAGUCAACCACACCUCGGCCGACCUCACCAUCUCCGGCUUCACAAGUCAUUGAGCCGUUGGGCUAACAUCAUCGACAGGCCGACCACAGAAGUUGGCCCACCUCCGUCGACCGGGCUGACCUCGCGAGCCAAUUUUGUCACCGUGACCAGAUCGAGGCCCGACCCCCUCGUCGAGCAUCACCGACAUCACCAUCGCCGAAACCCUCAUGGCCGGACGACCUUAAACAAAUCCGACCUCACCUCUCCAACCCGACAGUCAUCGAAGACCGACCAUGCCAUCGCCGACCUCCAAAUCAGUCCAGUCGGCAUCUCUAGCCGAGACCUUUUGAGCUCGGACGGCCGUUUUCGAGUUCUUUUGCUCCAUGCUGCAGCUCGGGCCGACACCUUCAUAAACGACCUGCCAUGGGACUUCCAAUUUACCGCUGAGGUCCGACCUCAUCACAUCUCGGACAUUACAAAUCGCAGCCUCCGAUUCGCCUUCGGGGCGGGGCCGACCUUGCCUUUUCUGAUCUUAAGGAUCCCCGCGGCCGUGUUUCAAAUUAAACCAAUCGUUGGGUUCGGGCUCAAAACCCACCACCGAACUCUUUCUUGUCAAGAUUUGGCAAUGAAUUCGCGACCACCUCAGUCCUAA